UUGUACUCCUGCAGAUCUGAAGCCAAAGCCUGAACUCACAUCAGAUUCUGCAGGAGCUGUACUGACAGGAAACACAGUGACUUUGAUCUGUCGCAUGAAUCCAGCCACUGGAUGGGACUUUUACUGGUACAAACACACACUGAACUCUGAGACAAAGAAGAAAAAAACAGACUAUUACAGAGUGAAGAUUGAUUCAGUGUCUGAUGGAGGCCAGUACUGGUGUAGAGCUGGAAGAGGGAAACCAGUCUACUACACACAAUACAGUGAUGCACUGUGGGUAAAUGUUACAGUGAGUCCUAAAGCUGUGGUGACGGUUCGACCUGAUGAACGAGUGUUCAGAGGAGAAACAGUCGCUCUCAGAUGUGAUAUAAAGUGGGGAGGAGACACUGAGUGGACGUACAGAUGGGAAAGAGAGAGAACAAACUACAAACAUAACUCAGUCUCAACACAAGAGCUGAACAUCAGCAGUGUUGAAGACUUUCACAGCGGUAAAUACAGCUGUAGAGGACAGAAAAACACACAAUACUCUCAGCGCAGUGAUGCUGUUACACUGAAUGUAUCAGCUGAAGCUCAGGCAGCAGUGCGAGUGUCUCCACAGCCGUGGCUGAAUGAAGGAGACUCAGUGACUCUGAUCUGUGAGGUUACAGGCUCCUCUACAGGCUGGACGUUCAGCUGGUUCAGAGAUGAUGAUCGUCUGUCAGACAGCAGCAGAGGAGCUGGAGGCUCUUACACUCUCAGUCCUGCUGCUCUACAGCACACAGGAGUUUAUACGUGCAGAGCAGAGAGAGGACGACCGGCCUAUUACACAAAGAACAGUAGCACACAGACACUGUGGAUCACUGGUGAGUCUGUGUCACAGCAUUUAUGA